UAAAAAUUGAUUAUUUUAUGUGCAAAACAUACUCCAUUCAGUUAUACAAACUAAAACGAAUAUUGGUUCUAUGGCAUAUAAAUUAUAUUAAACGCUUUCAUUGGAUUUAAACUGCUAUUUAAACUCUCGUAUUUCAAAUCUGAAACAGCUAAACGGUUAACGUUAAUGUCAACCCUGUUGUAAAAGUUUCACGCGUCAUUUGCGCCAUUUGUAUCCAUAAUCCGUUAUAAUCGUGUGAUGAUCCAUCACUGUGAAUAUAAAUUAAUUGUGGUAAAUUUAAAAAGUCCAGGAGAACUUGUAAAUUUCUUACAAAUAAAUUAUGGCAGAAAUCGGUGAUCUUAGACGCCUUGAAAGUCAGUUAUACGAGUAUCAUCCAGAAUUGAGUGGCGACAGUGAGGACUUGAAAUUAGAGCGACGUAAUCGGUUGUUUAUGCAAUUGCAAUCAAGUCAACCUGCAGUGCAACUGGUUCCACUCGAUGCUGUUUCUUCACUUACCAACAUAAAGAGUAUAUUAGAAAAGUGUAAGGACGUUGUAGUGGAUCAUUCCCAACUAAUUCCCUAUAAGCCUCGUGCCAUGUCUCCCGCUAUGUCGCUUAUUGAAUCUAGCGGUGAUGAGUUUUUAUGUACACAAAGACCUCGACGCACGGCAGCACGUAGAAGUAGAACCAGUUCUAUACAUUACAAAAGCUCGGAAGCAAAUAAAUUGCAGUGUGUACCGAAAGAAGAUUCGCCACUUUCGCUAUCUAUAUUUAUACCUCAAGUGGUGAAGGGUUCAGAAAAAAUGGAAAUUUCGAUUGAUUUGGGCGAACUUAAUGCUUCUCAAAGAUUAUUCGGUAAUCGUGUGGACGAAUUGUUGGGUAAACGAGCGAUUAGCAGCCACAUGCCAGCAGAUGCACCAUUAAAAGAAAAUCUGAAUAGUAAUAAAUGUAAAGAUUUCCAAGUGCCUAACGCAACGUCAAUUACUACUCAGACCAUUAAUGAAAAUAAUGAAAAGCAAGAUGAUGAAAUGUUAUCACGUUUAAUAUCGCAAGUGUUGGUAGAAAAUCACGAUGCUGAAACCUUACAAGCCACUAAUCUACUUGAUAAUAUCAAUAAUAAUGAGCGCAGCAAUUACAAUGCCAACGUGUCUGAUGCUUUUGAAUCGUCUAAGGAACAAGUGGUAAAGAAAAAACGGCAACGAAAACCGAAAAAGUCCGUGUCUGUCGAUAAAGGACCACCUAAAAAACGUGGUCGAAAGCCAAAAAAUAAGACGGAUCAACAAGUUGGCUUAGAAUAUGCAGAAGUGGCCAAAAGCGACUUGGCUAAAUAUGUUGAACUUUUUUCGAACUCAUGUAAUAUGGCGGGAUCGACAACACCAGCUGCUUCUUCAACAGUAUCUCAACAGUUGGUGACAUCCACGACUCAUUACUUGGAUGCGAACGAGCAACAACCAAUUACAUAUUAUAUUGAAGGUGAUUGGGAGAAUGGCGGCAAUUGCCAACUUGUGCAGACCGAUAGUGCGCACGUUGAAGGUGGUCAAGAAGAAUUCAAUAUGGCCGAGUUGGUAAAUUAUAUAGACAACGUAGGUGAUGCUGGAAAUGCCAUUGCGCGUGUACUUGAUGGUCCUGCUGCGCUGCCUGUGUUGACACAAGACUCUCAAACGCAAAGCAACUCGAUUAUGCCACCGCCAGCGCAUGUCUCUAAUGUGUUGUUGGAUUUAUCCAAAAAGUCUACAAUAUCUCAUAGCCUCUCCGCACCGGAUAUUAUUAAUACACCCAAUGAAACUGUCUCCCAGGAUCUAAUGCCGCUGGACUUGUCAUUAAAAUCGUCCAAGCUGUUACAAACGCCUGUCCUAAACACUAACUUAGUGCAGUUGGAAGCUAAUAAUUCGGUUGAAAAAUUGAAUGAAAGGCCGGAGGGUGUCUUUGAGGACAACGAAUAUGCUUCGUUUGGCGCAGCAUUAGAUAUGCCGCUUAUUGACCUUGAGGACAAUAUCAAUGUGUUCAUGCAAUUAACCAACAAGGUAAAUACAACAGUUCCUGCAGCGGGCAAUAAUCCAACAGAUUGUGCGUUAACAAUUAAAGCAACUGCUAACAAUACAUUGCCGAUUUGUGAUUUUGAACUCGGUGAUAUACUUUCCGAGAAUACUCUAUGCAACAACAAUGAUUAUCAAGCAACAAUCAACAACUCUCAACUGAACAGUAGAGUCAAUUCCAAUUCCAACUUCCAAUCUAACAGUAAAAUUAAUGAUUUAAAUACGGACGUAGAUAGUGGUGUGACGGAACGAAACGAAAACGCGUCUUUAGAUCAAAUUCGCCAUGAAAAUGAUAUACCAAAAAUUACCGAGUGUUUAAUAAAUCCAACGGUCGACAUGAAUGCGCACACAACUGCUGUCGAUAUCGAUAAAUAUGAUAGUAUAACUCAAAGUAAUACUGAAGCGACAUUCAGUCAAGAUCGUGAUAAAGCGGAAUGUUGUGAUGAACUCGCUGAAGCUAAACAAGACAACACCUCAAAUAGUGACCCUCAAUCAGCAAAUGUGGCGAAGAGUAGUGAAGAUAAAGCCGGAAGUUCUCACACCACAAGAGGUAUUGAACAUAUCGAUGAAUUACACGCCGAUUCGGCUGAUCUACUAUUUGUGGACACAGAAACGCUUGUGACCAACAAUGCAAAAUCCACAUACGAUGGUCCGGCUACUGCCUCUCACAUAGACACAGCUACGGCUUAUAAUGCUUCUAUGACUAACGCUAAUGAACAAGAAAUUGAGCAUAAUAAAGAUGCCGCUUAUGAUUUGUCUGCAAAAGAAGAACUUUCGAAAAGUAUUGAUUUGGAAGAAGAUCAACCAAGUCAUAAUGUUAGCGUACAUUUACCAAUGUCACAGUUAGCGCUAAUGGAAACCAAUUCCGAAGAGUUCGCUUACGAUUACGAGAUGGGCCUUGAAAGCAGUCAGGAGAACAACGCUGCCAUUACAGUGCCAGAAAAACAACAAAAACAAUGCAAUGAAGAAAACGAAGCCAACGAAUCGCAAAAAAGUGAUGAUUUAGUUUGCAAUGAUUCAGGUAUAGGAAAUUCUGUAGUUUGCGACAAUGUGGAGACAGUACCCAGAUUAACGAUGACAUUAAUUCACAAUAACAACAAUCCGUUAAUAGAAAGUAAUUUCGUAGCAGAGGAAAUAAAUUUAACGUCGAACGGAAGUGAUCAUAACAAUGCGAAUAUUGAAAGUGGAGAAGACUGUGUGAAGACAGUGGAUAGUUUCACUGGCGAAGCACAAGAACUGAAGGAAACGAGUAAUCACGAGGCAAAUGAAAGUUUGAAUAAAGCAGCAAUCGUGUCUUCGGUAGGUGUACAAGAUGUCUGCACUGAAACAAUUGAUGCUAUAUUGACCACACACAGCAAUCAGAGGCAAGUAAUUGAAAGAGUGUCAGAUAAUGUUAAAUUAAAAGAGCCUGAUGCGAUUUCCAAUUUAUCUGUGCUGGAGAUGGAAAUGAAAAUGGAUGUUGACUGCUUGGAUUUUGAAGAUGAAAUGGAAGAUGAUGCGCUUUCGCUAGCGACAUCCUGUUUCAAUUCAUCAGAUGAUGAGCGCUGUGCGGAUGUGGAUGGCACUACUGAGGCAACCACAAACCUUAACUCGGAGAACUCAAGCACUGAGCACAACGAGGACACGCAGUGCGUUCGUAUCGAAAAAGAUGAAACUGUGGAUGAUAAGUGUGCUGUUGUCAAGGUGGAAGCAAUACAACAGAGCGCUACUGACGUGCCAAAUGAAGUUUUAAAGAAGUUCAAAAUACCGAAAAUCUCUUUGACAACGGCAACAGCAAAACACGCAGGUGCAACAGCGAACGUGGCCACAGCAGCGGCAUUACCCAUGGUCAUAUUGCCAACGAAUGCGUUUAAUAAGCAGUUGAUUAAAACGGAACCGGAUGUCAACAAACUAGUGAACUUGGAGAAAAUCACACGCACAGUACAAAAUGUAUGUGCGGUAACACCGUUGACACUGCAGCAACCAACUUACCAACCACAAACUCAAACUGUCAUUACGCAAAAUUCCUUCAAUACUCUCAAACCACUUAUGAGAGAUGUGUUGAAAUUGCCAACAACCAGUAGCGAAGCGGAUGUGAAAGAUUUGAAAGCAGUGGAGGAUAAUAAGCAAAUUGUAUGUAGGCUAAAUGAAUUCGUCGGUAUCGGUGGGGAUUGUCGCAAAUCCAGUGAGCAUACAUUAGUCAUCGCGAACACCUUUGGUGUCAUGUGUUUUCCUUACUUGGUGAACCGUUGCUUCAAGCCUGCCAACUGCGAAUUAUCGCACACAUUGCGCGAGCCGGAAGCGGUUGGCAAACUAUUGCUCACACUUUCGGAUGUGGAUCUAAAUAUUGCAUAUAGAUUUGCUUAUAAUCAUGAAUUACUUUUCCGCCGUUACAUGCACGAGUUCUGUCGUGUCUACGCGGUGCGUAACAAUCGUUUAAAACUGUUGUAUAUGGUGCGCGAUUGCGAGCGCUACCCGUGCGGUACCAAGCUGCUGGCUACAAUAUUUCACAGUUUGGAAUAUUGCGGUCUCAACAAAGUCAAUGCAUGUCGACAGAUCUUAAGCUACAGUCGUGAUAGAUCACAAGAAACCAUAGAUGUGUUAUUGGACAUCAUAUUGCAGGCCGAUUGGACUAUGUUCUGCGAUCACAUCGAGAAAUUCAUUGAUAUUACUUUAUAUAAAUUCCGCGUGAAUGUACUGCAUAAAAUGGCGCCAACAAUCUUGCAGGCAAACGAUAAACGUCUGACUUCGCUAUUCUUUAAAUGUCUCGUCAAUUUAGAUUCGAAUGAUGUCGGACUUGUGCAGACCUCACCCAUACUCAUGCAAUUGCUCGAGUUGAUAAAGAACGGACAAAUAUGCCGGUAAGUGUGUGUGUGUGUGUGUGUAGCAUAAUUCAUUGUUGAAAAUACAUACAUAUGUACUGGUUACAUAUCAAAAUACACAAAUCAAGCGUUGAGCUUUAAGUUAUAAUUAUAUACAUAUAUGCACAAUUAUACAUUUAAAAAACUUAAGACUUACCUCUCACAAGGGUAUCAAUUAGAGUUCGAAGAAUAAAAUUCUUAUGUUAAUUUUCCA